UUUUCAUUUCGAGCCUUUUUGAAUGGAGGAAUCAAUAACCGAGAGAGUUUAGUGACCUGAUCAAAUUCAAACUGAAUGAGAGGAAGCCUUUGGGCGUCGAAUACUGAGGAUGCAUGCCGGGAGACGAAGAAAGAGAGAAACGGCUCGGCAAGCCUAGCCGGGUGGAGUCAAGCUGUCUGACUUUCUUCUCCGCCCGAUGCCGGCUUCCCGGCAAAACCUCACUCUGUCUAUGCUAAAGCCCUAACCCAAACCGCUCUCCACCUCCAACAAAAUGGCCACCGCGCCGCCGCCAAACCCGGCCCUCACCGCCCUAAUCACCGCCACGCUCACUUCCACGAAGCCCAAUUUCCAGGCCUUGACUCCCCAUCUCUCCCAGCUGACCCCCACCGUCAUCCUUCCUGUCCUCCAAUCCCUGACCUCAACGGUAGCCCCUCCCGCCCUCGUUUCGUUCCUCAACUGGGCCCAGUCCCACUCGCCUUCCCGCUCCAUAUCCCCGCCAUGCCUCCUCCUUUCCAUCCUUCCCAACCUCCUCGCCCACAACAAGUUCUCCGCUGCCAAGUCCAUCCUCGUCUCAUUCAUCUCCUCCGACAGCCAACACGAGCUCCACGGCCUCCUCCUCCAUGGCCCCAGCCGCUCCGUCCCGAGACCCUCCAAGGCCCUUCUUGACACUGCCAUUGGGGCCUACGUCCAAUGCCGCCACCCCCACCUCGCUGUCCAAAUCUUCCACAAAAUGCGCCGCCACCACCUCCGGCCCAACCUCCUCACUUGCAACACUUUGCUCACCGCCUUGAUAAGGUACGAGUCGUCCCACUCCAUUUCGCUUGCUAGAGAGGUCUUCAAUGAUGUUCUGAGGCUCGGGGUCGUUCCUAGUGUUGCUACCUUUAAUAUCAUGAUUGACGGGUAUUGCUUGGAGAACAAGUUUCGGGAUGCCUUGGAGUUGAUUCAUAGGAUGGUCCAUGAAUUCGGUUGCUCGCCUGAUCACAUCACCUAUAACACAAUUCUAGAUGCCUUCUUUAAAAAGGGAAUGCUGGAGGAGGCACGGGAUUUGCUGCUUGAUAUGAAGAACAAGGGCCUCGUUCCGAAUAGACGCACUUACAAUAUCUCGGUGUAUGGGUACUGCAAGUUGGGUUGGUUGAAGGAGGCAGCAAAGCUGAUCGAUUCGAUGUCUCAAAAUGGAAUAUUGCCUGAUAUUUGGACAUAUAACAUGAUGCUUGGUGGGCUCUGUUCGCAUGGUAAAAUUGAUGAGGCUGUUAAACUCAAGGGUGAGAUGGAGAACUUGAAAUUAUCAGCUGAUGUGGUCACUUAUAACACCCUUAUUGAUGGGUGUUUCAAGUGGAAGGCUAGCUCAGAGGCAUUUGAGUUGGUUGAGGAAAUGAAGGAGAGAGGACUAAAGUUGAAUGCCAUUACUCAUAACAUUAUGAUAAAAUGGUUUUGCAAGGAGAAGAAGAUGGACAAGGCAAUGAAUGCUAUAAAGGAAAUGGAGGAAAAUGGGUUCUCCCCUGAUUGUGUUACCUACAAUACUCUGAUUAAUGGAUACUGCAAAGCGGGAAACUUAGGGGAAGCGUUUAGGGUGAUGAAUGAGAUGCAGAAGAAAGGAUUGAAGAUGGAUGUUGUUACACUAAAUACCAUCCUCCACACUCUUUGUGGUGAGAGGAAGCUCAACGAGGCUUAUGAGUUGCUUAGUAGUGCCAGAAGGAGAGGUUAUCUGCUCGAUGAAGUGAGCUAUGGCACUUUAAUUGCUGGUUACUUCAAGGAUGAGAAGGCGGAUAGAGCUUUGGAGUUAUGGGAUGAAAUGAAGGAGAAGGGCAUCGUUCCUAGUAGUAUCACGUAUAAUACUGUGAUUAAAGGGCUCUGCGAGUCCCGAAUGACCGACAAAGCAGUGGAAAAGUUAAAUGAACUUCUGGAGAAUAAGUUGUUCCCUGAUGAAACUACUUGCAACACGAUACUACAUGGUUACUGCAUGGAGGGCGAAGUUGAGAAAGCAUUUCAAUUUCACAACAAAAUGGUCGAGCACUCAUUUAAGCCCAAUGUGUUCACAUGUAACAUUCUCCUUCAUGGUCUCUGCAAGGAAGGAAUGCUAGAAAAGGCUCUGAAGCUCUUUGGCACAUGGAAGUCCAAAGGAAAAGCUGUUGAUGUGGUUACUUACAACACAUUGAUAUCAAGUUUGUGCAAAGAAGGGAGAUUUGAGGAGGCGUUUGAUCUUCUCGCAGAGAUGAAUGAUAGGAAAUUGGCACCUGACUUUUACACAUAUAAUGCGAUCCUGAGCGCCAUGAGUGCUCUAACUGAUCCUGCUAGGAUACAGGAAGUAGAGGGGCUUAUGUUAAGAAUUGCUGAGUUUGGAAAUAUUCCAGAUUUAUCAAUGGAAAAGGAUCAGAGACACAAUAUGGAAUCUGAUGAAUCCAUGCAAGAGUCUGAUUCGAGUUCUGUUGCAUACUCAGAACAGAUCAACGAGCUAUGUUCUCAGAGUAAAUUCAAAGAUGCAAUGCACAUCUUUGAAGAGUUAAACCAGAAGGGCAUUGGUGUGAGUAAGUCUUCCUAUAUGAAUUUGAUGAAUGGGCUAAUUAGGAGAAGAAAAAGCAUCUCACGGGUUGAAAGAUAGGGUAUUCUCUUGUGGUGCCCUUGAUGAGGCUUCUUUCAGCUAGGCCUUACGGCAGGGCCUUCUUGACAUUUUGCUAUUGAUGGAACUGCCCUGCCCCUAAGAGUUCAGGAAAAUCAUUUCUCAGCUUGAUUGGUACUCCCAAAAGUAAUCGGCAAAUUAGAAUAUAUCCAAGUGUGGUACUGCUUAUUGUAGCAUGUCUACACUAGAUUCAGUGACGCAUACAAUUUACGCUUCUGGUAAUAGAGGGUGAAACUGCAUUUGUUCAUCUCCACUGGAGUUUUAAAUGAGGUUUCGUUAGUAGGAAAUAACGAUGAACGAGAAGCCAUUUUUAUACACCCUGGUGACUGGUGAGAUCUGAAGAAGAAUGCAGCGUGGAUACAACAUCAAACUUCGCAACAGGACCAAAAUUCAAAGAGGAGAGUUGAAAAACAGAGCAGAUGGAAAUUGCAGAAUAGGUUCCCUUCUGUCCUUUCAAACUUUCUUUGUUAGUUUAACUUGUGAUGUGCUGUAGUUGAUGCGACUCUAAUCUUAUUAAUUACAUCAUUACAUGAUUGAAUUGUAAAUACAUAACAAUGCUGUCGGGUCAUGUUCGACAUGCUGUGAUUAACGUGGAAUGGAGUGAGCAUCCGAGGUGGUGUUAGUAUAA